AUGCCGGAGGGACGAGCGGUGGUAGUCCCUCUCAACGAACAACCUCCGCCUCACUGUCUAGGACAAGCCUUCCGGCUCAGUAUCCUUCUCAGACUCUCCCGCUUGAGCUACGAAAUCCCUCUCCGAGUCUGCAAGACACUAAUGAGGAGGUUCAAUCGGGAUAUUGGUGGUGAAUUGGGCCGUGUGAUCCCUGGAAUUCUGCGUGAUAAGUUUGAUGGACCUUACUACAGCUGGAAGGUUACUCCUAGACACGUCCAAGAACGGAUUUUCAUAACCUUUGCGCGGCUGUACCACUGGGAUGUUGGACUCACUCCAACUCUUUGGAAAAGGAUGAACCGGUAUUGGAAGACUCCUAAGGCCAAAGACAAGAGUGCUACUGCUUCACAGUGCCGCAAGUCAGAUCGUGGAGGGCUAGGCAUCGCCAAGCACGUAUCUGGUCAGAAAUCCUACUUGAGAGUGCAACAAGAAAUGUGUACACAGAAUGAUCCGAAAGGAGUCGUCUUUGGACUUGGGGAACUACCUCUGAUGGUUCAAACCGGAAAGGAGAAGGAGAGCUUUGCAAGCUCCACUGCGCUGGAACUCUCACAGAUCCAAGACCAACUUUAG